GAAUAUUAUCGUCUUACAAGGCUGUUUUACAAGGUAGCCCUGUUUGGAUUCCUUCUCAACACAACCGAUAACUAGUCACCUUGUCUUCUCCUGUGAACGCCAUUUACACUUUUUUUUAUUGGUUGAUUAUACAGAAAAACUAAAAAAAAAUAAAAACAUGCCGAAACGAAAGGAAAGUGAUAAAGCCGAAGCACAAGAUGAUAAGCUGCCCAAGAGGAGAUCAACAAGGAUACAAGAACAACCAGCUCAAGCAAAGCCUGAACCUAAGCCAAAGCCAGUAAAGAAGGAGAAAACGCCAGCAAAGGCCAAGAAAGGAAAGGCAAAGGAAGAAUCCAAGCAGCAGCAGGAGGAGAAGGAGGAGGAAGCCCCUGCAGAAAAUGGAGAAGCCCAAAGCGACGAGGCGCCAGCAUCUGAAGAAUCCGGAGAGAAAGGUGGAGAAUCUGACUAGCAUCCCUUUACCAAGUCUUUUAUCAGCGGUCCCUGUACCCCUUGUACAAUUCAGAGGAAUAUUUUUAUCGACUAUUUUCUAAAUGCAAGUUUUUUAGUAGUUUUGAUUGUAGAAACGCAUUUUUUUAAACGAAAUUCCGAAAAAAAGGGAUUCCACCGCAUCCCAUGUUUUCACAUCUCUGGAAAACACUUGUCGUUGUAAAUGUGUAGGUUUUUAUUUUAAAUUCGGGGGACAGGGCAGGGGGCGAGGUGUUGCAGAGUGGAAGUGCAGCGAUCUGGGAUACUGUAUUGGAGCAGGGACAGAUUGGCUGCCGCGCUAACAUUCCAUCGGCUGCGAGGGAUGGGUAACGUAACCUAGAUUGUAUCGACUUAACAAAACAAAAAAAUAAUAAUUAACUGAGGUAUUGGAGGAAAAAAAUACACCUAUUUUUGUUUAUAACUUUUUAGAAGGUUUGUAUGCUGUAACAUUUAAAUGUGUACCCACAUGACUUAAUUAACCUGCUCCCAAGUCCAAGGUCUUUACCCUUUCCAAACUGUUUUGCGUUGUAUCGUCUGUUUGUUGUUGAUAGCCUUUACAAUAACAUUGUGUAACUGCUGUGAAAGGGUUUUUAAAUUAUAUAUAUAUAUAUAUAUAUAUAUAUAUAUAUAUAUAUAUAUAUAUAUAUAGGGUGUGUAAAUGGUAUGUUGUAAGGAUGGUAAAAUGGGACUUGUGUGUGUGUGUGUGUGUGAUUUAAUUUUUAUUUUGUUUUGUUUUUGGCAAAGCUUAUAACUUGAGAUGCAUAACAGUGUUCAACAUACUGUUGGUACCUGUCCUUGUAAGGAUGCUAAGCAGCAAGUGACGGCGAUGUCAUGCGACUUGUCAAGUGAUCUUCGCAGUGGCAGCAAUAGCUACAUGUGCUUUUUAGGUAACAAGUACAAGUGUACCCAUUGUCUGUUUUUGUUUCUAGCUGUCUCUGUGUAAUGAUCGGUAUAAAAGAACCAAUAAAACACCUGGUUAUACA